UUUGUUAUUAUUAAUUAAAUGACUGACAUCUUAAAGAAUCCUAAGGUGAAAUAAGUAAUACAAGAUGUGGUAGGAGGAUGUUAGAAUUAAACAGCAACAGUAUUAGAAAUGACACUUGUGUAAGUCUAUACAGCAGAUGAAGGAAAACAUAAAUUCCAUGGAUCUAAUAUAGCAGGAAUAUUAUGUUUUUUAAUUGAUAGAAGAGAAGGAAAAGUAAAAAAUAAUUAAUAUAAUAGUGUUUUUAUUUGAGAGUUUAUGAUCCUGCAAACCUUUAAGUACUUUUUUCAAUGGAACUUUGUUAUGGAAUCAAAGACUUUUGGUAACCUGUUCAUGGAAUUUCAAAUUUUUACAGUAUUCCAAUUUAGAAAGGUUUCAUUGGUUUUUUGUUUCCAAAUGUAGAUGAAGCAACAAAGAUAACAUAAAAGAUUUGUUCAAAUGGUCCAACAAAACAAUAAUUAGAAGAAAUAAAUGCUUAGAUUGAAAAGGAAGAGAAGGAGAAAAAGAAACUUGAAAAAUUAGAGAAAGAGAAGGGGACAGUUAAAGGUGCAUUUAAAGAUUUUUUUGGAUUGAAUAAACAAGUUGAGAAAGUAUGAAAUAAAGAAUAUAUAAUGAAGCAAGUAUAAGUUAGUGGUCCAACAGGAUUCAAAAGAAAUCAAUUAUCAUUCAAUCUUGACACAGGAGAAAUAAAUUUAGAUGAUUUACCACCUGAAUUAUUGAAUGCCUUUAAAAAGGCAGGAAUAACAAAAAAGGAUUUACAAGAUAAAAAUUAAGCAAAAGAAAUCUUUAAAGCUGUAGCAAAUUUCAAUGAAAAUCCUUCUGCUCCUCCCCCUCCUCCUCCUCCACCACCACCACCUCCUUCUUAAAAGUAAUAAUAAUAAGUAUAAAUUAUAAAUUAAAUAAAGGGUCCUCCACCACCACCACCUCCUCCUCCUCCAAAAGGAGCUCCACCCCCACCACCACCACCUCCUCCCCCUCCUCCUCCUAGAGGUCCUGCUCCUCCACCACCUCCUAAAGCACCUUCAAGUGGAUAAUAAUAAAUUACUCAACCUAAUUAAUAAUAACAAUAAUAAUAAGCUCAAAAAUAACCACCUAAAAGUUAAUCCAAUAGAAAUGAUUUAUUAGCUGAAAUUUAAUAAGGUGUUAAAUUGAAGCAUGUUGAAAAAAAUGAAUGUAAAGUUGAAAUUAAAGAAAUGGAUAAAAAAUAAUAAGAUGAUUUAACAAGUUAUUUAGCUUAGAUGAUGGCUUAAAGAAGAGAACAAUUAACUAAAAAUAGAAAAGAUAGUAGUGAUAGUCAUAAUUCUGGUUGGUCUGAUGACUGAUAUAUACAUAAACAUUAUAUUAUGAAAAUUAUAUAAUCA